UGCAUUUGUUUCGCGUGGUCGUUACGGGUCGUCCCCCAAACUCGUUGAAUGAAGAUAGCCGUCGCAGAGCGCGUACAGCUGCAUCUGCUGAAGCCUUGACGCCUGCACAGCGAUACUCCGGUCGCAUCUACUUUUGCAUGCUAGCCGACCACCCAGUUGUAGUGUCUUUCGAGUUGGUUCGUCGGCGACUUUGGCCAAGGAGCGGCGAUCUACUGAAGACAAGGCGGUGACCAUGGCUUGGCGAACGUGCGCGAUCGCGCUGCUUUGCACCGCGCUGUCGUGCGCGCUCGCCGACGAAAUGCCCGAAUAUGCAUUCACAGAGCUCUGCCAGAACCAGUCUGCCGUCCUCACAGUCCGCAAAGCGGCUCUCGUGUGGCUCAACAGCUCGCAAGAAGAGUGCAGCGUGCGCGUCCGCUUUCCUUCCGGGCUCCUCAUCACGGUGGCCUCGCUGAACUUGACAGCUUCGGCAAACUGCACCGACAGCUAUCUAAAAGUGAUGGCUGGUGACGAAGUUGUGCCGGGAGGAGGGCCAUUCUGUGGCUACCAUGCAGAUGCUCGCGAGGCCACACCAUCUCUGCAGGUGGCAUUCCUGAGGCCACCAGAGAAUGGCUCCGUCGUGCUGAAUGUCAAUGCCACAUCACCAAGUAGCAACUUCACCUUGGUGCUCACGGCAUUUACAAAUGUGAGCAGUGAUGGUAGCUGCCCCAGCACGAGGCACGAGUGCUACAAUAAGCGCUGCAUUGCUUCGGAUAUCUUCUGCGAUGGCCACAAUCACUGCGGUGGGACGCAGGUCCCCCUGCCCGAGCAGUGUCCCAAUCCUGUUACUGUGGAGGCCACCUGGUGGGCCAUUGGAACAAUCAUCUUUGGCGUGAUCGCACUCAUCCUGCUUCUACCCUGCUUCGUGUGGACCGCGCUGCGUGGGGGCCAGAACAACGUGACCACACUGGUGCUUCCCGGUGCCAUGCGCAUUCCCAGCAAGAACGGCUCUUCGUCCCCGGCUGCCGCAGCCGCCGCAACGUCUCCGACGCCAGAGGCACCUUCCGUGAACGAUGCGCCGUCGUCUGUGGAUCACCAGCUCUCGGUGGAGUGCGCUCCUACGACGAGUGACAAGGCACGGCUCGUGACGUCUUGAAGGCUCGCGCACACUUCAGAUGUCGGUGCAUUCUCUUCCUAUGACCUUCAUGGUCGACUUGUUUGGUCGUGUCUUGGGCGGCUUACGAUGCCCACUGUUGCGUAGGAGAAACCAACAAUCAGUCGAGUUCAGCCCCGGCACACAAUGACCGGUUUUCCAUGCCAGUCCGUAGUGCCGCAAUUUAGCGUGUUUUUACCGUUGAUUCGGACAUUGGUAUUGAAAAUGCCCACUGGCAGAAAUUCUAAUCGAAAAGUAGAUUGUGGUUCCUCGGCCUAAAUGUUUCAUUUGCGACAGAGAUGGGGAUGAAUCUAACAGCUUUAGUUUGAGCCACCAUUUUAUGUAUGGCUAGCGCACCCUCUAGCUGUUGGCCUGGCCAUUUAAAAGUGCUGAUUCACGCUGUAAAGUUUUAAGAUUCUGGCACUACUAGCGAUCUGUUUGUUUACAAGGAAGAAGUGUGAAAGUUAAGUUAUGCACCAGUUCUGGACUGAGAGUUGUGCAUGGAACACAUGCGUGAGAAGGUGUCAUUUGUGACAUUGUCAGAGAUUCCGCUGCUUAGUUGAUAUUUCCUUUUGGUUUGACUGCCACAUAUGUGGUUAAUCAUCUCAUACUCACUCUCUUACUUUUCACUUCUGUGUUAUGUCAAGUGGUCCUACCUUGUAAAAAGCAGGCAAAGGGCCACAGAUUUACGACAACCUCGAGGAGCGCUUUGAGUUGAUGUAUCCUCGUGUUGACUGUGUCAUUGUCCACAGUUGAAAUGUUGGAUCCGCAGGCAGUAGAUGGGUGGUGUCAGCAGUAGCUUUUACCAUCCUGUGGUUUAGGUAGUUGCAAGCUUUAAAAGAGACGCUGCCUCGCCACGGUGGUCUAGUGGUUAUGGCGCUCGACUGCUGACCCGAAGGUCGCGGGAUCGAAUCCCGGCUGCGGCUUCUGCAUUUUCGAUGGAGGCGAAAAUGUUUAAGGCUCGUGUACUUAGAUUUAGGUGCACGUUAAAGAAACCCAGGUGGUCGAAAUUUCCGGAGCCCUCCACUACGGUGUCCCUCAUAAUCAUAUCGUGGUUUUGGGAUGUUAAAUUCCAAAUAUUAUUAAUAUUAAAAGAGACGCUGACUGUUUCCCAUUGAGCAACUUAGAAAGUUCUGCCUCAUCUGUAGGUCAUCAUCGGGGCUCAUAUGGAAGAAGAAAGCACAGAUCACUUAGGUUCCUUGUGGGUCAGCUGAGUUCAGUGGGGACCCAUAUGUACAGAUGAGUGUAUUUAAAACCUGACCGUAACUUCAUGAGCAAAUACUGUGCGUACUGACGUGGUAUUGAAUGGACAUAGGCACGGAGAACAGGUGAAUAAGUCUUUGAAUGAAAACCAGAGCGAAAGGCUGUACUGAGCUGGAGGCAUGUGUUUUUCAAGCAGUUGUCUGCCAUUUGCCUACGCGUUAUGACUUAAAAAGCCAUACUUCUUUUUCCAAACUUCGGGUAAACAAAUGUACAAAUGUGUGCCUUCCAGCCAGUGUUUGUUCUGUGUUGCUUUCUCUUUUUUUUUUGACAGAACAGCUGCAGUGACAUCAGCAUAUGCAAGCGGUUCCUGUGACUUUGGAAAGCUUCCGUAUGUGUUUUAAGUACUAACCUACAUAAUGAUGUUUCAGUAUCCGAAAGUCAGGUGUGUCAAGAGCCCAAAAAAGGUGAUCGGUAACAGACCAUUGUUGUUACAGGUACAGUUAUUUUUUCAUUUCCUAUACCUUAAUAAGUCUGCAUUCUCAUGGUAAAGAAUAUGAAGUCUGUAAAAACCUGCACGCCAUAACUGUACAGCACUUCAUAUGUGAUUCUCUCCAUAGCUGUUAUAUGCUGCUACAGAAGUACUAUGUUUGCAGCUUAACGUUCAGGCAAAGGUACAGUACAUGUACUAUGCAGAAUAUCCACAUCGAUACAGUGCAACUCUUCUAAAUUCUCAAUAUUAGUCUGUUCCACUUUCUACAUCUUGGGUAAGUUCAGCUUUGUGGUCAGGAUUUUACCAACAGCUCUUUUCGGGACAGUGCAGUUUAUCAGGCAUUAUGAUUUGCAUGGCCAUAGAGAGCAACAUCCAACAGCUCUUUUCGGGACAGUGCAGUUUAUCAGGCAUUAUGAUUUGCAUGGCCAUAGAGAGCAACAUGCGUUAUCUCGCAUACCAACCAACGCCACGUGCCUAUGAACAUGAAAAGGCACAUAACACGCACAUCCACUGAGUGAGCCGAGGGAGCAGCAUUUUUUAAUAAAUUGAUAGGCUGUGAAAGCUGUUGGAGAACAACACCAAAAUUGCAUUGCACCUUUCAAGUGUUUGCAUUCAUGUUACUUUCAUAACUUAGUCCCAUGCAGUGUGCGCAAGAACAUGUUGGGAGCAGGCAUACAAAUUUGGUCGACCAUCUCGGUUUUCACAUGCUGUGUGUUGCUUCUGUGGUAAGGUACAGUAGCUUCCAAGUCAGACAUUUAGUGUUCAGUUAACAUUCAGUGUUCCUGCUUUUCUGUUAUACCUUGCUUAUGUUAAUGAGCUGACCAGUUAUGUGUACAAUUUAUCAACAGUGCUUAUACAAGCGACAGGUGUAACAUUUCUCGACUAAAUCUCAUUUCUGUUGCCUUCGUGAUUUUUAGGAAAAGACCUUCUUUUUUGGAGCUGGUCAAAAGUAAAAUUUCAGGGCCUUUCUGCAGCCUUGUACAUUUGUGGCCAAACUCGCGUUUGCAAUUGUUAACAGAGCUGAACACGUGAAGUUGCAGCAGGCAGCAUUGCUGAGCAGUCUUUAUGACUGUAGUGUCUCUCCAAUCACUCCCAACUCUCCAGCUUUGUGACUAUGAGAACCAUGAGAAUGUGUACAUGUUGCUCCAAGUGACCGAUCACAUUGCUUCACAUUGCACUAUAGUUUGUAGCACUUGUUUCUCAUUUAAAUGUUAUCAUUAUGCUCUUACACUCAUCACUUAGUUAGAAGGGGCAUUGCAUGAAGGUAAAAGCAGUUUCCUUGUGCAUUUCAUGUUUAAUUCUGGCUUGGUGAGUGAAAAAUCUGAACGUUUAAAUGGUUGCUGACUGCUCUGCGCUCUUUGGGUCCUAUGCUAACAGUCAUCCGUCCAAGCAUGGCAAUGCUGUUUCAUUUAGGCAUUGAGAGAACAUGCAUUUUGACGAGUUUCCAUUGAGAGUUGGGAUGAUGAGUCAUGGUUUGUUAAACCAAGUGUUACUUAUCAAGAGGAGCAUGUUCUUUUCUUUAUUGCCUUUAUGCUGCGACUCAUUCGUUAUGCAUGAGAAACCUUGAAAUGCACGGGAAACUGAAAUGUAAGGAAGCACAUUGUGAAUGCUUUCUUCUAAUGCUGUAGAGGUGUGAAAUGCAUUCCACAUCAUCAUGACAUCCCUUCUCCGCAGCGGCUCAGUGUUCCACUUCUUGGGCACAAGGUCAUGGGUUCGAUUCCUAACCACUGCAACAGCAUUCUGAAAUGGGAAAGCACUCUUUUAAUUUAAAUUGGUGAUCUGACAUCUGUUAUAUGCCAUUUUCUUGCUUUCGUUUAAUGUUCAAACCCUGUGAACCCUAGUAUAGUUUACCGUAAUGCUUCCUUGCAUUAACCAGUUUCUGUAGGCAAGACAUGAAUGCAUGACGAUAAAUUGAUUCAUUGGCUUGC